AUAUAUCUAUUAUAGGUGUUGAACCUCUUUCGGUCAGAUUUUCUUUAAAUAUUAAACCCCUUUGUUGAAAUUCUGGCACUGACACUAAAGCUAGGUUGCACACAAUAAACACUUGUGGCCUGGCUGCCAUUUUAUUUAUGCACUUUUUUACCUUCGAAAAAUCAUACUACUAAUUAAUUAAAUUAAACCAUUUAGAAUUUUUUUAAAAAAGCCAUUAUUUUGAUGACGGGAAUUUCAAAAACACAAUGCAAGACGGCUGAUGAAAAAUUAGGCGCCAAAACCAGUUUAUAAAUAGGCGAGCGCCAGAAGAAAAGUGCACGUAAGGUGAUAAUCAAAGAGUGAGAGAUUCAGAAAAUGGUGUUGAUUUGCUUCGUCUUCGAUCUGCGUAGCUUAUCACCUCCAUUGCUUCGCGAUUUGAAGCAGUCGAUGUUGCAGCUCGCAAAUUUCUACGCGAUAUCGUCACCGACUUGUAGUAGUACAGGCAGUUCGAGAUCGAAACCUCUGGUCGAUCGCAUUGGACUUUGCUACGUGUUCAAAAAUCGAAUAUCUCGCACGGAUGAACUGAAGGUAGCUUAUAGUCCACGAGGCAACUUCAGUCUCCGUGAUUUCCAUCAUGCUGUGAACAAUUUGCCUUCCGAUGCCUUUUUACCUGAUUUCAAUUGUUCUAUUGCUCUAUGUUGUAGCGAUUUGAAACUUUGCAGUAUCCUAAAUGACAGAGUUUUGUACGCAUGGGGAGGUCAUGGUAAAGAUAUUACGAGAAAGGUGAUUUUGAUUAGUUCCUCCAUAUUUGAAACCCUGGACUCUGCUAGCAAAAAGGCUCUCGCGGAUGCAGCAGAUAACUGUGUUUCGGUGGAGUUUGUUUUCCUGGAGCAAAAUUCAAGCCAUCUUGUUGAUACUCCUGGAAGUAUUAACAAAUUCUUGAAGCAGAUUGGGGAUCUUGAGAACUGCUCAUUUCAAAACUAUAUUCCAGAUGGACAUGCUUUGUCUGGCUUGGUAAAGAAAUGGUUUCAGGAACUGAAGGAGGACUUGGAAGAACAGUUGCAGGCUUGUUUUGUCUUUGAGAGCAAUCUUUUAGGCUCAACAAACCAGAUAUCCUGCAACUUGUGCUCAUCUUUCAAUCAGAUAAUCGAUGAAUUUGUUCCUUGUAAGUCAUGCAGGUGUCAUGGCAUUCCAUAUGACAACCCACAAAUGAUUCGGAGCGAUAUGGCUUCUUGUCCAGUAACCGGUUUUGAGCUUGGAGAACUGGAUGUGGUUGAUAGCUCGGUGAAGAUAGGAGAACAUACGAUCCUCUAUAUGCCCUCUUUCCAAUGUUGCCAGGACCUUCAUAAAGCUCAUUUACCGAUUAACUUCAAUGUUAUUGAAAGAACUAACUUGAGAUCACUUGAUGAAGGGAUUAUUUUAGGUGCUUCCUACAUUGUUACCCCAGCCUUCUCUGAGUUGGAUGAUACUGAUAAAUCAGAGCUAAAUGCUAAACUUUUUCAAGUGCUGUGUGGUGUACUGCAUUCCCUUGACCAGGGUUUGGUUUGUUCAUCGAAUUGUAAUGUAGAAACUGCAAAGCAAACUUCCUUCCUAUGCUAUUAUAUUCUUUUACCGUCAGAGAAAGGAGUGAUGAUUCUCAGAAGGCUUGCUGGUUCAGAGGAAGUCUUGCCUGUCCCUGACAUAAUUAAUAGUGCUUUCCCAGUCAGUGAGGAUAUUGAAAAUUCUCUGCAGGCCUCUUUGCUUAAGAUCGAAUUAAGAAACUAUGAUCCAGUUCAGCACAACAGGGGCUUCCAUCAAAGACUAAACUUGCUUGUUAAAGAGAGCCUACAAUUUGGGCAUUUAUUCGGUUGUUUCAGGGCAAUACCUGCUAAGGCUAAAGAACCGAUGAAAGCGACAAACGCAUCCCUGCAAGACCCUAUAGUAGAGGAUUUAUCAGUUCAAGCCAACAAUGUGGAGGUUAUAGAAGACAACAUGCUGGAUAGCAAAUUGACUGAUGGUAAAACUGGUGCUAAAAUUACAGAAGAAUGGGAACAGCUGGUUGUAAUAGAGAUGCCAAAGAUGUCUUCUCCCACUUGUAUCUCCCAGCCGAAGUUGCAUAAGGAGGUGUCAUCUCCCCCUCAAAGUACUGGAAAACUUGAUGUCAAAACUUCGCGAAUCCUUGAAAGACUGGAGGUACCAAAACAGCUGAAAAGAAAAGCAGCUUCCCCUACAGUGUCAGCUCCCCUUACAGUGUCAAACUCAAAGCAGCUGAAAAGAAAGGCAGCUUCCCCUACAAUGUCAGCUCACCUUACAGUGCCAAGCUCUUCAGUAAAGAAGCCCCUGAUACCCUUUGGAGACAGCAAUACUGCCAGUCAGGCAAUUGUUUUGAGCCAGCCCAUGAAGCCCAACUUUCAGAGGCUGAAGAAGAAAAGAUAACUAGGAAAUCCUUUUCAAACAGAGAACUUUCAGGAUGCAGAGGUCCAUGAGGUCCGUCUUCUCAUUCGAUGUUGUUUUGGUAUAUCUAGUUUUCUAGCAUACCGACUUUCAUGAUAUAACUAAUCAUGUGCAUAAGAUGUUUUCUUAUAUCAUGCGUCAAUCUUAUCGUUCUUGAACUAUUCACGAUAAUGGAUGGUCAUGAUUACCAACCAUACCUUGCAAUAUACCUUUCAGAUUUUGAAAUGAAGAAUUUUGAACUCCUCUGUUCUACUACAACUGAGUCAAGACAUUGAAAUUUGCUAGGGGAGUAUA